CUGUCUGAUAAACUGUCAGUUUGGGACGAACACAAUGGAGCUGUGGUCAUUUUGGAGUUUUUCUCUUUUGGCUUUCUCGCUGCUCUGCCCCCUGCACCUCAACUUCGUGGCUCAAGCGGAAAUAAGUUCACCCCGAGCUAACGAAAGAUUAUAUCGGCUGGAGCUUGUGCCGCUGGAAGCAUGUGGAACCCGACAACCAGCCGAGGGCAAAGUCUUUAACAAAGUCGACAAUUGCGCAGAAGUUUUUGGAACAGAACCAGAGGGUGAUCUGAAACCGAGCUGUGGCAAGAAAAGGAGGAAUGAAAAACAGAAGGGACUGAAACCGGAGGCACCGAUCGGCGUCGAAACGGCACCAAACUGCCUGAAUCGUCUCAAAAUACCUGGUAAAAAGUACGACAGCGUUUCCGAGGACAAUUUAAAACGAAGUACAGCGAAUAUUUUUCAAAGACAGAAGAAGGUGAAGAGGAGUGUGGGUCCAGAAUUCAGCGAGAAUGUGGAUAUGAGUAUAAGUGCAGGAGCGCAGUCAAGAGAGAGGUUUGUGGAGACGGUCCAAGGUGCCUCCAACUCCAGAGGCGAGCACCGGCGCUCCGGGGAGGAAACCAGGGGGUCCAACCCGAGACAAAGUGAGCCUUACGUGGACACGUCUACUUUCGCCCUGUCGGGAGACUCUGCGCACAACCAGGCGAUGGUGCACUGGUCCGGACACAACAGCAGCGUGAUCCUGAUCUUGACUAAGCUGCAUGACUUCAACCUGGGGGCUGUUACUGAGAGCUCACUCUGGAGAUCCACCGAUUACGGAAGCACCUACACCAAGCUCAACCACAAAGUGGGUUCAAGGACGGUCCUGAGUUACCUGUACGUCUGCCCGACCAACAAACAGAAGAUAAUGAUGCUUAGCGAUCCAGAGGUAGAGAGCGCCGUUCUCAUCAGUUCAGAUGAAGGGGCGAGCUAUGAGAAGUAUCCCAUUAACUUCAACAUCUUGAGCCUGCUCUUCCACCCAUCACAGGAGAACUGGAUACUGGCGUACAGUCACGACAGCAAGCUGUACAGUUCAAUGGACUUUGGGAGGAAAUGGCAGCUGGUUCACGAUGACGUGAUGCCGGGCCGAUUCUACUGGGCGGUAAUGGGGCUGGACAAAGAAUCAGACGUGAUCCACAUCGAGACGCGCAUCGCAAAAGGCCGCGCUCAGUACGUGAAGUGCAGAGCCCAGCGAUGCACAGAAGGCAACAGACAGUACCCCUUUCCUGGAGACGUAGACACCAACUCGCUGGUUGUGCAGGAUGAAUAUGUUUUCACACAGGUAACCAGGUCAGGACGAGCCAGCUACUUUGUCUCCUACAUGAGGGAAUCCUUCAAGCGGAUGAAACUACCUAAGUAUUGUCUUCCAAAGGACAUGCAUAUCAUCAGCACAGAUGAGAAGCAGGUUUUCGCUGCAGUCCAGGAGUGGAAUCAAAACAACACCUACAGCCUGUAUAUCUCCGACUCCCCUGGGGUCUACUUCACCCUUUCGUUAGAGAAUCUGAGAACCAGUCGAGGACCCGCCGGUAACCUGCUGGUCGACUUUUAUAAGGUUGAGGGGAUAAAUGGGAUGUAUCUCACCAACAAACUGGUGGAUAAUCACAUCAAGACUUUUAUCACCUACAACAAGGGACAGACGUGGGCCCUUCUGCCAGCUCCUGCCAGCGAUGUGGCUGGAAAUAACCUCCACUGCAUUCUGCCAUUUUGCUCGCUGCAUCUUCAUCUGGAGAUGUUGGAGAAUCCCUACACGUCUGGACCCAUCACCAGCAAAAAGUCUGUACCUGGAAUCAUUAUAGCUACAGGGAAUAUCGGAACAGAGCUGUCCUCCACCAACCUUGGGAUGUUUAUAACAUCUGAUGCAGGAAAUAGCUGGAGACAGAUUUUUGAUGAAGAGCACAACAUUUGGUUUCUCGACAAUGGCGGCGCUCUGCUGGCAGUCUUGCACGCACCGACGCCGAUCCGACACUUAUGGAUCAGUCUCGAUGAAGGAAAGAAGUGGGACCGUCACAGUUUCUCUGCGGCACCUCUGUUUGUGGAUGGCGUCCUGAUGGAGCCAGAAUCUGACAAUCACAUUAUCACUUUCUUCGGGCACUUCAGCCAUCGGUCAGAGUGGCAGCUGAUCAAGAUCGACUACAUGGGCCUCUUUAGCAGGAGAUGCAUGGAUGGGGAUUAUCAGACAUGGCACCUGCACAACAAGGGGGAGCUGUGUGUGAUGGGUGAGAAGCAGAUCUUCAUGAAGCGCAGACCAGGCAACCGUUGCAUGCUGGCCCAGGACUAUUCCAGGAUCUAUUCCUCGGAGCCGUGCCUCUGCACAGCCUUUGAUUUUGAAUGUGAUUAUGGGUGGGAGCGCCAGGCGGACGGGAAGUGCUCCCCUGCUUUUUGGUUUAAUCCAAAUGGUGCAGCUAAAAGCUGUAGCAGCAGCCAAAGCUUCCUUAACAGCACAGGGUAUCGGAAGGUUUUGUCCAAUAACUGUAAGGAGGCAGGUAGGAACGUUUACUCACCCAGGAGGCAGGCGUGUCGUCCCAGAGCGCCACGAGGCCUACGGCUGUCCACCAAUCAGGGCGAGCUCAGUGCCACUGUCGGGAGCAACGUUACCUUCAAUGUCUACCUCGACGACGGAGACUCGCCGGGGACCAGCAUCCAGCUAGACUUUGGGGACGGCAUCAGGAUCAUCUACUCCAACCUGAGCAGGACUGAUGAUGGCAUCAAGCACAUUUACAGAGCGACUGGGAUUUACCGAGUGGCGGCCGCAGCUGAAAACAGCCAGGGAUCUGACAGCAGCACACUGUUUUUACACAUCACCAGUCCAGUGGAGCGCGUAUAUCUCUCCGCUCCUAUUGUAGCCAUCAGGGGGAAGGAGGCUAACCUUACUGCGGUGGUCUGGCCGAGUCACACCAGAACAUUGACCUUCUUCUGGUGGUUUGACAACAGCUCAGAGCCCAUUAUAACCUUAGAGGGAAGCAUCUCGUACACGUUUCAGAGGGAGGGAAUAAACAAGGUCACCGUCCAGGUUGCUUCUGGGAGCACCGUAAUGCAGGAUUCAAAAGUUAUAACAGUUAAAGAGUUCUUCAGGUCGCUCCUGUUGUCGUUCUCACCAGUGCUUGACGAGCACAAUCCUGACAUUUCUGAGUGGAGGGAGGACAUAGGCCGUGUGGUGCGGACAGCUCUGUCACAGGUGUCGGGGGUUCCUGAAGAUCAGCUGCUGGUUUCUCUGUACCGGGGACUUCCGACCACAGCGGAGCUCUUCAUCCUGCCCGAUGAACACACAUCCAGUGAACACAAAGGAAGCAGCGAGGAGCCUCUGGAGCUGAUAUCAGAUAUUUUUGUCACUGCCCUGAAUCAAGGCCUGAUCCAAUUUGAGCUGAAAACCGACGUUCGCAUUAUUGUGUACAUGACUCAGCAAACUCUGGCACCACUUGUGGAUUCAAACACCAUCCACAGUGGGUCGGCCAUGUUGAUGCUGCUCUCCGUGGUAUUUGUUGGCAUCGCAGCGUUCUUCAUCUACAAGUUCAAAAGGAAAAUCCCUUGGAUCCACGUUCAGACUGAGGACAGCCACGAGAAAGAACCGGAGGUGAUCAGUACGGUCGGUCAGAACGACAACAUGUCCAAAGUGAAGCUCAGUGAUUUUCCGUCUCCGAACGAGCUCAUGGCAAAAGAUCUGGACGCCAGAAGCAGAGGAGGAAUUGGAAGAAACAUGGAGAGAAUUGUAACAAGGGAAUUUCCAAACUGUACAAAUGUCUAAGUAAGGACAGAGUGUUGUGCCACGAUUGUGCUGAAAUAGUUUGCUUUGUCUGCAUUGUUUUUUUAUUUAUUUAUUUCACGAUCAUAGCUGCUAUCGUUCAGUCAUGUUUUUAACUCACAUGGAUAGAAUAAGUAUGUAGUUUAAAAAACCUAAGGAAGAUCAAUAUGUUGAACCAGAGACCUCUAGUUAGAGGGUGGUGAAUUUGCUGAAAUUGGCCAAUAACAACCAAAGCGCCCGGCACAAAACGUCCAAUUAUCAUCAGGAAUCCCUCGUUCUUUACCGCCGCAAUGGAUGUGACAUUGCUAAUUUGGGUGUGUUAUGAAUAUUCAGCCGAUACUGACAAUUUAUUUCGCUCCCUGUGACAUCAGUGAGGUUCUUUAUUAGGAUAAUAUGCGGGUAGGAGGCUGAGUCACUGAAAUUAAAUUGACAAUGGGUUAGAUAAAAAUAUUGAUGCAAUGUAAAUGAGAAAGAGAGAAAGAAUGUGAAAGUUUAUCUGUGUAAGUUUAAAUUUCAUGAGUUUCUUUGUGGAUAUUUAUAAUAAACUUUAUUAAACUUUAAUUAUA